UUAAAUUACAAAUAAUAUUUUAAAAUAAUUUUUCACCGGACAGUCCCUUUAAGAAGUAAAAAAACAUUGUGUGCAAUAAAACAACAAGUAAAUAGCAAAGCAAAAGGCUGUUUUUACCCGAGAUAUAAAUAGACAAUAAUUUGAUGAUUAAAAAUGACCAUACAUAAUGUCAGCACAUUUCUCUGCAAGUUUUAUAAACUCCUGCCUAAUUGCACCAAGGCACCCUAAAACAAAAUUACCAACAACAGUAGUGGAAAGAAAUUCAUUAGGUUUUAAUGACCAUGCUGCAAGUCUACCAGAUAAAAAUAUUGACGAGAAAUCGAGCCAAACUUGUAGAAAUUAUAAUAAAAUCAAAUCAGAGAGAGUAAUUCAGACCUAUGAAGCCUGUCGUUCAGUUACAUUUCAACAUGUCAAAGAAAAGAGAAACAGACUUUUUUCUACCACAAGUGUAAAAAACAAGUCUGGUGAGAACUUUCUACUCUUUGACUCUCGAAAUUCAGAGACACUGAAAGAUUUAAUCAAUGACGACGAUCAGUUUCUCCAACAUCUUCAGUCGCUUAAAGCAGAAAAUAAAAAGACUUUAAAAACAUUAGAACGACUAUACAAUCAGUCCUACUUAAAGGUGGGAAAUAGCUCCAAUCGCUUCAAAGAUGAAUAUGAUUUUCAAACUCAAAGAGGAAAUAACCCCACACUAAACGAUUACACUGUUGGAUAUAAUAUAAACGAGAAUUCUUCAGUUUCCAGUGAGGAUGAGCUUGAUGAACAGCUUAAAGUUAAAGUUCCUGAAAGUCAUGUGAAUAUAGUGCCUGAUGAGGAGAAAUCAUUUCGUGGAAGGUCCUCAUCCUACGACGUUAUUGCAAACAUGUGGGAAAACUUUUCUGUUGAUGAGUAUAUUCCUUAUACGAGACCUAAGCGAAAAGAAAAGAACUGGUCGCCGUCAAUUACUAUACCUGAACCGUUUCAAAUGACAAUUCGCGAGGAAGCUAAAGCAAAGAAGAAAUCUAAGCGAAUCGAGAAAAUCGAGGAAGAGUUAUUACAAAAAAGGUUAUCAGAAGAAAAAGAAAUGAAGAAGAGGGUCGUUCCAACGCCUGUACCUCCUACAACAUUUCUUCCGUUGUACCAAGAAAUUAACGAACACCAAAAAGAAAGAAGGUGCUAUAUUCAAGGUCUUAGUAAGGAGAUUUUAAAAUCAACUGAAAAGCCUUUCUCUUUUAUCAAAAGAGAGGAAGCUAAAAAAGAUAUAAAACAAAGCCAGUCAUUAAAUAAUCUGUAUAAAAAACAGAACCAAAACAAGGUGGACAAACAGUUCAAAGCCAAUCCGUUUCCGGAUGGUCUGUUUGAUUUAACCUUGGCUGAUAGAUUAGCAGAACAAGAGGAAUAUCGGAAAAUAAAAAUCAAACUAAGAGCAGAAGAAAUGUUAGCAAGUUCCUCUUUACCACUAAAUAUGAAAACCCGUGGUGAUAUGCGAUUAUAUCCAGAGAGUGCUAAAACCAAACGUGUGAAAAAAGAACUGCAAAAACGUAAACAAAAAAGUUUCCAACCUCACAUCCAUCAUGAUAUUCCGAACUUUAAAGUUCUGCAAAAUAAGUUUAAAGCUGAACUUGAAGAAAGAAAAACUGUCAACACGCCGACGAUUUGCGAUCCUUUUAAUCUACACACUGCAAAGGUUCCAACACGUCGGUCAAAAUUUCGUGCGUCCAUAUCAUCUGAACAAGGACCGGAACGUUCUGGUAGCGGAAAUAGAAGCUGUACGCCUAACAGAAGUCAAAAUCUAACACGCGAAUUUGACUGUUUUUAUCUGAGAUCAGAAAGAUCACCUAGUGCAACUAGAAAAAACGAGUCUCCCGCAAUCAGAAUCAGUUUGACAGAAACAGCGAGGUUGCGUCAAGAACGCAUACGACAAACUUUAGAAAAGACGCACCGGCAAUCUCUUCGACAGAGCAUCGAAGAGAAGAAGAAAAAGAAAAAGGAAAGUGGGUUAAGAAAAAAAGUGGCAAGAAAAGCUCUUGCGCAAGACCCUGGUCGAAAUCGAAGGAAAGAAACGGAAGCUAAAUUAAAAAGUUUUAAAGAAGCCGACAACGAUCGCAGGAAGGAAUAUGAAGAAUAUUUAAAAGAAAUUCACUCCAAAUUGGAUGAAAGGCCCCUUCUUUUUGAGCGAGAGUCACAAACAAACGCAAAACUCCGAGCACAACGUCGAUACGAAGAAAUCUUACAACAAGCUGGUGUCGAGGGUGAUAUACUACAAAGUGUGCUUAACGCCGACAGUUCAGUGGAUGUGCUUGCUAACAGUUUUGACCAAAAUGAAAGCGAUGGAGGUAGUUAUGUGGCAGAUUCUUAUAACCAUGUUACCAGUGACGUUCAAUCAGGCGGCGAGUCCGUGGAAGCUGACAAGGGCGAUAAAUAUGAGGACAGGAGUAACAACGCCGACAGUAAUGACGGUCACAGUAUUAAUGACGACAACAAAAAUGAGGAUUAUGACGACAGUGAUCGUGACGCUGUGUCGGAUAUUAUACCAGAUAAUAGCGAUGACGGUAGUUACACUUAUGCAAAUAAGUAACAAACGACGUUUCGACAUUCAGUCGGAAGGCAAGCUGUGAUACGAAAGAAAGUUUUCUAAAAUAUGUAAAGCAAUUUUAACCUGUUUUCUGUUGACCUAUUUAUUUAAAAGAAAUAAAUACAAUAAGAAAAGCAA